UUCAGGGCAUUUAGCUUCAGCGCAGGCGCACAAACCCCGCCUCUCUCCUGUGCUGUGUGCAUUCGCAUUGUGUCUAAACAGGCAGCGAGCAAAAAGAUAUUUUACCAACAGCAGUAAUGUCGGGCAGGUCGGUUCGAGCGGAGACGCGGAGCAGGGCGAAAGAUGACAUCAAGCGGGUUAUGGCUGCAAUUGAAAAAGUGCGGAAAUGGGAGAAGAAAUGGGUGACUGUUGGAGACACGUCACUGCGAAUCUACAAGUGGGUACCAGUGACAGAGCCCAAGUCAGAUGAUAAGAACAAAAACAAGAAGAAAGGCAAAGAUGACAAAUAUGGCUCUGAGGUCACGACCCCUGAGAACAGCUCUUCUCCUGGAAUGAUGGAUAUGCAUGACGAUAACAGUAACCAGAGCUCAAUUGCAGACUCCUCCCCACUGAAGCAAGAGACCAGCAGCAACACUAGUCCUGCACCUGAACCCAUGGCAGUUUCUCAGAAUGACAGCAAUGACUUGAAAAGUGACCAAUAUCCUUCCAAGCAGCCUUCAUCUGUUCAGGAUCACAAGAGUGAACAAAACCACUGCUCAUCAGAAUCUAUAACCGCCAACAGGGCCAGCAUGUCACAGGGGGAUUCAGAGCACUUUUUAGACUCUUCCAAAUCAGCCCAGGAACUGGAAGAUGGUGCUCCACCAAGCAAAAAAGGGAAAAUCGAUUCUUCCUCUGAAGAAAGUUAACUAUCUUCUCCCAGCUGUCAGGGAUUUGCAAUCCCUGUCUCUUAUCUUGAAACACAUCACAACAUAGGUUUUCUUCAGUUCAACACUUUCCCCUAUAACCAUGUAUUCACUUUAUUCCAGAAAACCUGUCUCUUGCGGUCCUUUUUAGUGUAGAGGGCAUGUUUGGAUCAUCAUUAUCUGACUAAAGGUUAUGAAUCAAGUUGUGUGAUUUUGCACUGAUCCUAAAACAGUUCACGCUGCCCUACAAUCAUGACAUGCUAUUCCUUUUGCUAAGAUCAGUAUUGUCAAUUGAAACGGCACAGGAACUGCCAUAGUUUUUCCAGAUUGGCAUUGCUAUCAACUGCCACUUGCAAUUAAAAAAACACAAUAAUUUAUCAAUCACCUUUUCUUGUUCACUCAGGAAGGUCAACACACUGUUUUUUUUUUAAACAUGCUGAAAGUAACUGAUUUCUGCUGCUGUAGUUUAUUGAGAUUUCACCAUAAGUAGUUAAAUAUAUAUAUAAAAAAAUGCUAAAUGGUACUAGUUAUUCGACUUCUCCUGUGAAGACCAUAAUUUGUAGCAUAGGCCCUGCUUGGUUGAGUACUUUUGUGUUACUGAUAAAAGGAAAGGUUUUUUUUUUUCUUGUCUUGCCUGUCUACACACUUUUCCAAGUGCCCACAUUUCAGUUCUCUCAUUCUCUCUUUUUCUUUUUUUCAAAAGUCAAGCAAAAACUGUUAAUUUUCACUAAUGCUCAAGUUAAACUGUGGUGUUCAAACCAAGCUUUGAAAUGCUGGUUGCCAUUUCAACAGCACUACAACCUUCCAAUGUACACAAAGGAUACAAUAAUAGCAUAAUUUUGAUACGUCAAAUUCACAAAUUACUGUUCCUUUUAGCAGCAACUGUGCUGACCACAUGUGUCAUCGUCCAAGGAAAAACGAGACAUUGAUUAGAUUGUAACAGGAACGUUUUGGGCAGACAGCUGUGCGAAUACCUCAUACUCAGUCCAGCAGUGCUGGAAUGUGAACACUAAGUAUGACUUUCUCGAAAUUACUCUAUGUAUGCUUGAAAAAUAAAAUGUAUAUAUUUAUACGAUUACUUUUUUGCUACCCUUAUGUUUUUGCCACAGUAUUUCGCCAAACUAUUGCCUUCUGUAGUUCGAUCUUUAAAACCUUUAGCAAAAUGUAUUCAUUGGGACCAUAUUGUUUUUUUCUCUUUCCCAGUCUAUAAUAGAAAUGUCUUGUACAGAGGUAUGGAUGUGUCUAACCUAUUUAUUCCACAUGUAGUUUAUUGGUUUUCUAAAAAAAAAAAAGCAAAUAAAAUAUUUCCUUUGAA